AGAGAAUGGUAAAUGAUCGAUGGAAAAUCAUGAACAGUGUUUCAGAACUCGAAGAUGGACAUCAGCAUAAAUCUCAGGUAGGCAUUGCAUGCUUCCCGUCUAGCAGCUCUCUAAAGCACAGGGAGGAUAUGUUGAGUAUCAGACUUGUGGAAGUGCCCUCUCCUACUAUGAAAAGGAUGGGCUGUAGCUACUUCCUGUGCACCAUCAUGCUCUUCGUGGCCGUCCUCCUGGCCGUGACGGCAACGGGUACCAUCCUCUUCAUGAACCACUACCAAGCCCCGCCCCCCGGCACUAACAACGGCCCCCCACUCAUCUCCACCAACCAGGAUGAAGGCAACGCCCUGGUGACGGUAGAGCGGGGCGACGGCUCACGCAUCAACAUUUUCAUCGACCCCAACUGCCCCGACUACAACAACAACUUCCUGCGGAUGGAGGGUGUGCAGACUUCGCUGCUCCACUCGCUGACCGACCACGACACGAGCCUAAAGUCAGUGAAGGGCCAGGACCGAGCCUUGCUGGUGAAGUUGGCUGAGGAGGUGGCCAAGCUCUCGGCCCAUGCCAGCCAGCUCAGGUUGGAGUACGAAUCUCUAAGGCGAGGCCAGGGGAACCUGGGACAAGAGCUCAACACUCUGCAAACCGAGCAAGGCCGACUUAUCCAGCUGCUGUCUGAGAGCCAGAUCAACAUGGUGAAGGUGAUGAACUCAGUGAACGAUGCUCUCAACUCCAUGCAGAAGGAGACAGGGAACCUGAAGAGCAAGUUCAAGGCAGACCUCCAGAGAGCACCUGUUCGCAGUGCCCGGCCCAAAGGCUGCUCCAAUGGCUCCAGACCUCGGGACUGCAGCGAUAUCUACGCAAGUGGUCAGCGGGAGGACGGGAUCUACUCUGUCUUUCCCAUGCACUACCCUGCUGGUUUCCAGGUCUUCUGUGACAUGACAACGGACGGAGGAGGAUGGACGGUCAUUCAGCGCAGAGAGGACGGCGCAGUGAACUUCUUCCGAGCAUGGGACGCAUAUCGCGAUGGCUUCGGCAAGAUCACAGGGGAGCACUGGCUUGGUUUGAAGAGGAUGCAUGCCUUGACCAUCCAAGCCAACUACGAGCUGCGAAUUGACCUGGAGGACUUUGAGAACAGCACAGCUUUCGCCCAGUAUGGAGCCUUUGGAGUGGGACUGUUCUCUGUUGACCCGGAUGAAGAUGGCUACCCGCUGACUAUUGCUGACUACUCAGGCACUGCAGGUGACUCGAUGCUCAAACACAAUGGGAUGAAAUUCACCACCAAGGAUCAAGAUAACGAUCACUCAGAGAACAACUGUGCCUCCUUCUACCACGGCGCCUGGUGGUACCGCAACUGCCACACGUCCAACCUGAACGGACAAUACCUGCGUGGGCAGCACACCUCCUACGCCGACGGCAUCGAAUGGUCCUCCUGGACGGGUUGGCAGUACUCCCUCAAAUUCGCAGAGAUGAAGAUUAGGGCCACGAGAGAGGAGAACAAAUGAGAUGGAAACAAUACUACGUGAAACUAUAGACUACUGGACUUAGGUGUUUUUAAAGACACUCAACCUGCCGAGAAUCAGAAUGAGGACUAUGCUCGUACUUUAACCCCUGUCCAAAAACAUUUUAAUCCCCUCUUGUGGUGUUGUGUUGAAGCCUCCAAGGUUUUGUAACCUUUUGCAAUCUCUCGCUGAUCUGAUCAUGUUUGUAAUAAUUAUGUCAAAAUAAUGCAGGUAAUGUCAGAACUACAGUAUCGUUGUGGAAUUUUGAAAUAUGAAAUGUUAGGAUUUCUCUCAUUCCCUUAAAUUAAUAGAAUUUCUUACAGUUUAUUUUGGCUGUCCCUGUUACUUGUAUAUACAGUUAUCUGUGCAUCUGACAGCAUCAUGAGUUCUCCUAAGUGUUACGCACUGGUUUCGGUGAACCAAGUUUGCUUGAUGAGUAACCUUGCUUGAGACCUGGAGACUUGUGUUAGCUCCCCAAGCUAAUGCUUAGACUAUAGCUCAGUGGGCUAUGACCAUAUUGUGGCGCACAGGAAACGUGGGUUUUAACCCGGUCAGUUACAUGAGCUCCUGGUUGACCCCUAGCUCCUGGUUGACCCCUAGCUCUUUGUUGACCCCUAGCUCCUGGUUAACCCCUAGCUCCUGGUUGACCCCUUGCUCCUGGUUGACCCCUAGCUCCUGGUUGACCCCUAGCUCCUGGUUAAUCCCUAGCUCCUGGUUGACCCGUAGCUCCUGGUUGACCCCUAGCUCCUGGUUGACCUCUAGCUUCUGAUUGACCCCUAGCUUCUGAUUGACCCCUAGCUACUGGUUAACCUCUAGCUAAUGGUUGACCCCUAGCUCAUGGUUAACCCCUAGACAUACCUUGUGAUCAUGUGUCAGUCUUGUGCCCAGUAAGACACAUUCAUGACAAAGACAUUAUAUCCGUCAGACAGGGUUUUUCAAGCCAAUCACUUCAUAAAUGGCAUCCUUGUUUUUUAUGUAACAUUUUCAAAAGACAUUGACCCCACAAGACUGGCUUUGAGUGGCAUGUGUGUGUGUGACCUGUGACAGUGGUAGUAGAGAGAAUUAAGAGCAUAGGUGAGGGGGCUCGGCCAACUCAAAUCAGUUGUUUCAGUAUACUGGCUGCAUUUACACAGGCAGCUCAAUUCAUUAAUCAGAUCAGCUCUGAAAAAGAUUUUAUGUGAAAGAUCUGAUGUGAUUGGUCAAAAGACCAAGGAGUGUAAAAAAAUAUCAGAAUGUGGCUAUCUGUGUAAACGCAGCCUUCUAGUCUCAGUCCUCUUCAGUGAUGCGUCUGUACAGGAGGUGGUUAAUAAGUAAGGCAAAUCGUGUUCUUUACUCAGUACCAAAUAUUGAGAUUCCCUUAUGGGCACCCACAAUAGAAGAAAAAAACAUAUCCAAAACGCAUUAUUUGUAUCAUAAUACAAUGACUUCUGGCAACUCAUUCCCCACAAAAAGCAGCUAUUUGGCCAGGCAUUGAAUGGCAUUGUGUCACUGGUACAGUAGGACUGUACAGUGUGUCUUUCUCCUUCUUUACAGUGACUUGACAUUGCUUUAGAUGCCUUUGUGGCAGCAGACAAUUGUACAUCUGUGUGGUGUCUCCUCAGCUGUAAAGUCAGAAUGACAACAUGUCAGGUAGGCUAGCAGCAGGUAGGUAGCCUAUAAGACUGGUGAGCAAGUUACCGAAGGUAACCGAAGCCUAGUUGAAAAAUAAGCCGUUGUGAUCUUGAGCAAGGCACUUAACCCUAAUUGCUUCUGUAAGUUGCUCUGGAUACGAGUGUCUGCUAAAUUACUAAAAUGUAAAAAUAUGUUGUUACAAAGUUGUAGUGGCACAUUGAGGCUCACAACUUGGAGUCUUGAAACGACAUUAUGUGGUAGUUAUGUAUUUACUGGGAAUGUGGUGGUCUUCUAUGAAUACUGUAUUAUGUUGCAGCCAUUGUUAAUUUACUGUAAUCAUGUACUUGUUUAUUUCCUUAUUUAACCAUGAUGUCGUCAUGAUGUGGCUAAUGUUUCUAUUUAAAGGUUGAGUGAAAGCAUAUCUUAUUAACCUCACCAAUAUGUGAUAGGUAGAGAGAUCUGUCUAAGUUUGGCUGAAGCUCAAAAGAUGGAAUCCACAGUAAGGGAAACUGCGCAACUGUCUGCCCAACGGCCGUAGUUAUUGUUUUGUUCAUGAACUAGGGCAGAGAAGUCCGUGGGGGAAAAAAACAGUGUUUGUCGUUUACAGUAACUUCUUUGUUGUUGUAAUACCACAAUCUAACGUGGCAGUUUAACCAAUAAGGAUUCCAGCUUGAAGGUGAGAUUUUUAUUUUUAUGUUGAUAUUAUUUUGAGUCUGUUUAUAAUGGUCUGCUGUUGUUGUAAAAGAUCCCUCAGUCAAAUAUGAGCACUUUAAAAGCAGAUACGUUGCGAUUGACAUACAGUAUAAUUUGUAUGUUUUGUCUCAAAAGGAAUAAAAAAAGAAACCAUU